AUGCCUGCCGACCGCUACUACGGCUUUGAAGACCUCGCCCUCCUGUGCGAGCACGUCAUCACGUCCCUGUUCAGCGUCGCACCGCCAGCAGCCACCGACGCCAACCCGGCCCCAGCCGCGCCCGCAAAGAAGGACGUCGGGGUGCCUCAGCUCGGCGAGUUCAUCGCCUACGCCCUGUACCGCACUCGCCUCCCCGUGUCGAUCACGCACCAGGCGCUCCUCCUCCUCAGCCGCCUCAAGCAGCGCUACCCGUCCGCCCGUGGCACGAGCACGUCGCCCCAUCGCCUCUUCCUGUCGUCCCUCAUGCUCUCGAGCAAGAUCUCGAUGGACGACACCUACUCGAACAAGAGCUGGCAGAUCGUCGGCCAGGGCCUGUUCGAGCUGCGCGAGGUCAACCAGAUGGAGCGCGAGCUGUUUGCCUUCCUCGGAUGGAACGUCGUCGUCCGCGACGAGGAGCUCGAUGGGUGGAUCCAAGACGUCGUCACGCCGUACGAGGCCGAGCGCGAGCUCGCCCGCUCGCUCGCCGUCGCCGCGCAGCAGCAGCAGCAGCGCAAGUCGCUCGAGGACCGCAAGCGCCGCCGCGACUCGCGCCCGCCGACCCCGUCCCCCUCGACCUCGCGCUCGCCCUCGCCCAAUACCCUUCGCCACCGCCGCGCGUCGGACGCCGCCGUCGCCCUCCUGCGCGGCCACCCGUCGAGCAUGACGUCCACCUCGACGAUCACGUCGUUGUCGUCGUCGUGUCCGUCGCCGAGCUCGUCGACGUCGUCGCGCUCCGGCCGGGUCCGCACCCGCCAGGAGUACCGCAACGCGUCGCCCUACUCGCGCUCGUCGUCGCGCGCACCUUCGACCGUGUGCUCGUCGUACGCGUCGUCGCCGGCGUUCGGGCACGGUCACAGCAUCCACACGCCGCUGUCGCCGUGCACGCCGGCGGGCCCGCUCACGCCCGAGUCGGCGGACAAGACGGGCUGGCCUUUGCCCGGCGCCGCCCAGUUUGGCGACGACGCCGUCGCACAGCUCGCGGCGUAUGCGGCCCUGCACCACGGCAAGGCGCCGAUCGACCCGCACGCCAUUGACGUCGCGCCCCUCGCACCGACCUACUGA